AUGGUCGGCCAGCUCAAGGCCAGAAAAGCCGCCGGGCUCAUUUUGAAGCUCGUCCAGGCGGGCCGUAUUGCAGGAAGAGCCGUAUUGAUUGCAGGCCCUCCAUCCACAGGUAAAACGGCCAUUGCGAUGGGUUUGUCGCAGAGUUUGGGCCAGGACGUGCCCUUCACCACCAUCACAGGCUCCGAGAUCUACUCGUUGGACUUGUCCAAGACCGAGUCCUUGACGCAAGCGUUCAGAAAGUCCAUCGGCAUCAAGAUCAAGGAGGAGACAGAAAUCAUCGAGGGUGAAGUCGUAGAAAUCCAGAUCGACCGCUCCAUCACCGGCGGCCACAAGCAGGGUAAGCUCACAAUCAAGACCACCGACAUGGAGACCAUCUACGAGUUGGGUAACAAGAUGAUCGAGGGCUUGACCAAGGAGAAGGUGUUGGCCGGUGAUGUCAUUCUGAUUGACAAAGCUUCUGGAAAGAUCACCAAGUUGGGUAAGUCGUUCACGAGGGCCAGAGACUACGACGCCAUGGGGCCAGAGACGAAAUUUGUCCAGUGUCCAGAGGGCGAGUUGCAGACCAGAAAGGAGGUGGUCCACACGGUGUCCUUGCACGAGAUCGAUGUCAUCAACUCCAGACAACAGGGCUUCUUGGCCUUGUUCUCGGGAGACACCGGUGAGAUCAGAUCUGAGGUCCGUGAUCAAAUCAAUACCAAGGUGGCCGAGUGGAAAGAAGAGGGCAAAGCCGAGAUUGUUCCCGGUGUGCUUUUCAUCGAUGAGGUGCACAUGUUGGAUGUCGAGUGUUUCUCUUUCAUAAAUCGUGCCUUGGAAGACGACUUCGCUCCAAUUGUGGUGAUGGCUACCAACAGAGGUGUGUCCCAGGCCCGUGGUACCAACUACAAGUCUCCACACGGAAUCUCGUUGGAUUUGUUGGACAGAUCCGUGAUCAUACACACAGCUGCCUACUCGCAAGAUGAGCUCAGAACCAUCUUGUCCAUCAGAGCAUCCGAGGAAGAGGUCGACUUGUCAGCAGACGCAUUGGCAUUGUUGACCAAAAUUGGACAAGAAACGAGUUUGAGAUACGCAUCCAACUUGAUUUCCGUGUCUCAGCAGAUUGCUUUGAAGAGAAGAGCCGAGGAGGUGGACUUGGCUGACGUCAAGAGAGCGUACUCUCUUUUCUUGGACUCUGGUCGCUCUGUCAAGUUUGUCACAGAGUACUCGGGUAAGUUUAUGGACGAAAAUGGAGCCAUGAACCUUACGCUUGUUGAAAACGAUGAUAAGAUGCAAACUGAUUAG